GAGCAAGACAACAAUAAGCAUCCCGAGGUUGCUUAGCAUCCAGGCUACAGUGCAUAGGCUCUGCUACACCAUGGUUGUCCUGCAAUUAAACACAGAAGUGUCUCGGUGGGCUCUGCUCUAAAGGGUUUACUUUUUACAGGCAGCCUUUAUUUAUCUCAGGCUGCCCUCUAAAGUGCUUGUUUUCCAUGGACUGUGAAAAAAAGGAUGUUUGUCAGUCCUGCGUAGUUAAUCUGCAUUCAGUGUGAGGCACAGAUCGGCUGUGUGCUUUCUCCUUUCUUCUCUACGUUUUUAGCUCCUUUUCCCCUCUGGAACUGGUGCAUGAGCUGUCGAUACUGGAGGGGGAGACCAGAAGGGGGGGUUCUGCUGCCACAAGACUUGGAUUCUGUUUCUUAAAUAUUAAUUCUCCCAGCCUGGCGGAAUGUAUCAUUACAGUCAAUGCACCUGGUAGGGGGUGGGGGGCACAACGGGACUAUUCCAUUUGCAAGAAAGAGAGGAGAUUGAGGGGGGAAUGGCAGAGAUGUGUUCACUAAGGAAGCCAAAUGUUGGAAACAAGGCGUUAUUGCAUUUAAAAUUUUGUCAUCCCAAAAUGAUCGUGUGGAUAUUGCUGCUUCAUUCAUUCAUCCAAUGUUCUGUUCAAAAAGAAGAUGAAGAUUAUGAAGAUGCACCAUCUAAUAAAACAUGGCUUUUGACAAGAAAAUUCCAUGAUAAUGAUGUUACGUCUAUUCUAAAUGGACUGUUAAAAGGUUAUGACAACAAGCUCAGGCCUGAUAUUGGAGUAAAGCCAACAGUUAUACAUACGGAUAUGUAUGUCAACAGCAUUGGACCAGUAAAUGCCAUCAAUAUGGAAUAUACCAUUGAUAUAUUUUUUGCACAAACCUGGUAUGACAGACGCUUGACUUUCAAUAACACCAUAAAAGUGCUUCGACUAAACAGUAAUAUGGUUGGAAAGAUUUGGAUUCCAGACACAUUUUUUCGCAACUCAAAGAAAGCGGAUGCUCACUGGAUAACUACACCUAAUAGAAUGCUUAGGAUAUGGAAUGAUGGAAGAGUACUUUACACACUAAGGCUUACCAUAGAUGCUGAGUGUCAGCUUCAGUUACAUAACUUUCCAAUGGAUGCACAUUCAUGUCCUCUGGAAUUUUCAAGCUAUGGGUACCCAAAAGAAGAAAUCAUCUAUCAAUGGAAGAGAAGUUCAGUUGAAGUUGGAGAUGUACGAUCAUGGAGACUUUAUCAAUUCUCAUUUGUUGGGCUACGAAAUACAACAGAGGAGGUGAAGACAACAUCAGGAGAUUAUGUUGUUAUGACAGUGUACUUUGAUCUUUCCAGAAGAAUGGGCUAUUUUACCAUACAGACAUACAUACCCUGCACUCUUAUUGUUGUACUGUCGUGGGUAUCCUUUUGGAUUAACAAGGAUGCUGUUCCAGCUAGGACAUCUCUAGGAAUCACAACUGUCCUCACAAUGACCACUCUCAGUACCAUCGCUAGGAAAUCUCUGCCUAAGGUGUCCUAUGUGACAGCAAUGGACCUAUUUGUCUCUGUCUGCUUCAUCUUUGUAUUUUCUGCCUUGGUGGAAUAUGGAACACUUCAUUAUUUUGUCAGUAACAGAAAGCCAAGUAAGGACAAAGAGAAGAAGAAAAAGAAUCCACUUCUCUGGAUGUUUUCCUUCAAGGCUCCAACAAUUGAUAUUCGUCCUCGAUCAGCAACUAUUCAGAUGAAUAAUGCCACACAUCUGCAAGAAAGAGAUGAAGAAUAUGGUUAUGAGUGUCUUGAUGGAAAAGAUUGUGCCAGUUUCUUCUGCUGUUUUGAGGAUUGCCGAACUGGUGCUUGGAGACAUGGAAGAAUACAUAUUCGUGUUGCAAAAAUUGACUCGUAUUCCCGAAUUUUCUUCCCAACUGCUUUCUGCUUAUUUAAUUUGGUUUAUUGGGUAUCGUAUCUUUAUCUUUAAAAGAAAAGAAAAUAUGCCGCUGGAAUGGAUAUGCGACACAGGCCUUAUGAAGCAUAAAUAUUUUUCAUUUAAGAAGUAUUAUGGUUUGUGUACAGCACCAAUGCACAUUUUAUCGGUUUAUUCAAUUUAUUGAGUGCCAUAAGCUGGUAUUACAUGACAACUGAGACAGUGGAUCUGAUCGGUCAGAUAUUGGUUAAGCCUGCUUCACUGUAUAAGCAUUAUAGGGAAUUAGAGAUAAGAGACAGCUUCUAUGGAAAUGCUGUUUGGCAGAUCAUAACAUGCCAACAUUUGAACAUGACAUAAAUCUAUCAUUGCAUUACAAUAGUAGUAUUUAUUACAUUGCGAUAUUACAACUUGUCUAUAAAGCUAAAACUUAAAAUACUUUUUUUUUAUAACAUUAAGAGAUAUUCACUGUCCAGUUGGAGAGCACAUGUAAAAUGAUGUAAAUAUUUUAAUACCUUAAACCCUGUAGUGCAUAAGAUAAUGCAUGCAUCCUCUGAGGCCAACACAAAGCAAAUGGACUAUACCACACAGUGUUAUGCUUUCUUUGUAUGUCUGCCUGUGCUAUUUUAGGUAAACAAUCUUAUCAGUUCACUCUAAUUGUUUAACCAUAGCCACCUAUGUCAUGCAUGAAAACUAAAUAAUUCCUGCACUUUCCUGGGUACCAUUACACAUGCCUUAAGGAAAUGAGUACCAAGAAAACUUCAUUCCUGGGUUUUUAUUUUUAGAGUCUUACAAUACCUGCCAAAGGUAUGAUCAAAUUAGUAAGAACUUAAAUGUUUGGAUUUCUUCUAUUAGCCUAUUCCUUUGUAUUUAUGUUAAUAAUAGUCUUUCAUUGAAGAGUUAUUUCAGCCAAUUGCAACUCUUUUGUGUAGCCUAAGAAGUAACCAUUUAGCAAUGCGAUAACAUACAAAUCUUGGUAGAAAGGAUUUCUUCUUGGUUGAAAGCUGGACCAUUGAAGCACUGAUCUACACAUCUCAUUGACUUUGUUGGAGCUAUUUCUCAACUAAUGGAGCUAUUUGUCUUUUGCAUAAUGAAUUAUCCUCAGUAAAAAAACGGCUCGCACUCUGGAGGACUCAACAAUAACCAUGUGGCCAAUUUUGGGAGCAGUAUGUCUACCUGCAAAUUUCCCUGGUUAUAAUAGCAGAUGAUUAGGGUUUUCAGCUUCUGGACACUUAGAGAUCAAUUAAACAAUUGUCUGGGAUGACAAGAAAUUCAACUAACUGUAGGGAAUAUUAUAAAGUUAAAAAACACUUACCAAACAAUACUUACCUGUUUAAUCCUCUUUCCGCUCCACUGCCCUUUAUCUGGUGGUUCCUGAUGGUCUUUACUUCCUGACAUAUGAUCACUGCAUCAACACCUUAACUGCAUCGGUCUCCGCCAUAUAUGCCAGCAUCAAUGCUAAGGUCAGUGAUUGGCUACAGUGAUAACAAGUCAAUGCGAUGCAUCAUUGCUUUAGGGAAUAGAAGAAAGUCAGGUGGAGACCACUGGAGCUUUGGAGCUAGAGCUGCAUUCUCUUCAGUCUUGACAUCUGCUCAUACUUACAAACUGUACUAUUUACAGUGGUGGUACAAAUUACUGCAAAACUGCCUUUUGGCUCUUCAAACUGAUCGGCAGGGAUACAAAUUUAAUAUUUCUGGCCUAUUCUGAUGAAAACCAAUAAUUCUUAAAGGAGGUUCCCAGACAGGGAAGGUUUCCAUAAGAGGCUCAGGCUCCAGUGAAAUUAAAGCAGUAUAUUUACCCAUCCUGCCCCUCCCCCCUCUCCACUUCCAUAUAUAUUCAAUCACCUAGUCUCUGCCUCGGUGCUAUUAUUUCUCCUACCUGAUACACACCAUGCAGACAGGAACUGCCUACUCAGCCAAUUAUUUGCUGUUCCCAUGACAUGUUACAGGAAUGAGGAAAAAGAGGACCUCGGAGGAGACUGGGUGCUUGGGAAUACAAACUUGGAUGAUUCCUUUAUCAAGUGAAUAUUGUAUUUUAUUUUAUAACAUUUCCUGCAGCUAGUUUUAUUUUUGUUUUCUCAAACAACUCCUUUAAGAUAAAACAUUUCCAUGCUUUGCUUUUCAAAGCUACAUAAUUGCAGAAUCAAAGACCAAUCAUAACUGAAAAGGUUCUGAGGACCAUUAGCAAUUUCUGAUAAGUAAUUUUCUGAUAAGCCUAAACAUCAGAAAAUGUUAAGUUUUGAUGACCUUUUAAACAUUAUAAAUACAUUUCUGUUAGUUUUGCUAUUGACAAGCAAGUCAAACUGUACUUUAAAAUUGCUAAACAAAAGUUUCAAUAAAAAAAUACUAAAUUAUCGAAUAAUCUAAACAAAACAGAAUUUAAUAUUUUUUUAAAGAUUAAAAGAAACUUUAACAAAUACUAACAACUGUACAAAGAAAAACUGCAAAACUAGAUAAUUAUCAUGUCUUCAUAUUGAUUUUAAAAAUGUAACCUCUAAAUGAUCGAUAGACUUAUUUUUAUACUAAAUUAUAGUGACACUUUAGGUGGUAGUUGGCAGAGAUCGCAUGAUUACUGGAAGAAAAAUGACAGUACAGGGCUAUACUCCCUAGUAGAUAGAUUAGCUAAAUUCCAGUUAUGGUUAACAUGUAGCAACAAAAAUAAUGACAAGGUAAGACCAUGCUUUUUUUUUUUACAUUAUAUUUAGAUUAUAAUUAGAUUGUCUUUCAAAGUGUGUAAUAAGAUUGAAUAUUUUUUUCUAAUUUUAUAAUUAGAUACUUCAUAUUUGUACCUAUUUCAGCUCCACUAAAAUAUUCUCUUUAGGCUUGGGUAUACAAACUUGGAUAAUUCCUUUAUCAAGUGAACAUUGUAUUUUAUUUUAUAACAUUUCCUGCAGCUAGUUUUAUUUUUGUUUUCUCAGACAACUCCUUUAAGAUAAAAUGUUUCCAUGCUUUGCUGUUCAAAGCUACAUAAUUGCAGAAUCAAAGACCAGUCAUAACUGAAAAGGUUCUGAGGACAAUUAGCAAUUUCUGAUAAGUAAUUUUCUGAUAAGCCUAAACAUCAGAAAAUGUUAAGUUCUGAUGACCUUUUAAACAUCAUAAAUACAUUUCUGUUAGUUUUUUCCUACUGACACUGUACUUUAAUCUUGCUAAACAAAAGUUUCAAUUAAAAAAAGACAAAAUUAUUGAAUAAUCUAAACAAAACAGAAUUUAAUAUUUUUUUAAAGAUUAAAAGAAACUUUGACAAAUACCAACAACUGUACAAAGAAAAACUGCAAAACUAGAUAAUUAUCACGUCUUCAUAUUGAUUAAAAAAAUGUUACUUCCAAAUGAUCGAUAGACUUAUUUUUAAACCAAAUUAUAGUGACACUUUAGGUGGUAGUUGGCAGAGAUCGCAUGAUUUCUGGAAGAAAAGUGACUGUACAGGGCUAUACUCCCUAGUAGAUAGAUUAGCUAAAUUCCAGUUAUGGUGAACAUGUAGCAACAAAAAGAAAUGACAAAGAUAGACCAUGCUUUUUUUUUAGAUUAUGAUUAGAUCGUCUUUAAAAGUGUGUAAAAAGAUUGAAUAUUUUUUCUAAUUUUCUAAUUGGAUACUUCAGAUUUGCACCUAUUUCAGAUCCAUUAAAACAUUCUCUUUAGGGUAAAUUCACACACAGCAGAUUAGAAAUUUCUCCAACUGUCCCAUUUAGCUAAAUGGGCCUUGCGGAAAAGCAUAUGCUUGUUGCCAAAAUAAAUUUAUUUAAAACAAUUUAACUAAUUAAUUCAUUUCAGUAAUAGUAAUUUUUUUAAACAAACCUACAAAGAAACCUACAGUAUGUGAAUAUACCCUUAGGAUAAUGUGUGUAUGUAUAUGUAUAUAUAUAUAUAUAUAUAUAUAUAUAUAUAUAUAUAUAUAUAUAUAUAUACACACACAAAGUAGUGAGAAACAGACUGUGUAGUUAUGAAUAACAUGUGCCAACAUGCUUCCAAUGCAUCCACAACAACUAAAUUGUUAGAGCCAUUAAAUGUCAAAUGUAUUACUCUGAAAUCUAUUCUCUUAAAAUGUUUAUAAUGGGACUUGUUUGUUACAUUAAAUGAAUUUAUACAUUAAAGUUUCAUUAUAAAAGGGUUUGGAUGGUCUAAUCAAAAAUCAUAGGUUAAAUGCAAACUAUAUUGUGGAGGUAAAAAUCUGCAUUCUGGCCUAGAUAAGAGAAUGGUCUCUUCAAAAAGGAAGAGAUUUUACUCUAGAUAUAUGUGCCAAAACACAGCCAAAACAGUAUAAAAUACAAUGAAAAGAGCAAUUUUAGAAGACACAGGUUACAAUAAAUACAGUAGAGAAAAUGAACAAAGGAAUUUAUAGGGCAUUGAAAAAAGAUCACUUUUUUCACUCAAUUGUGCAUAUUAUAGUUGCAUAGUAUUUAAAAAACAUAUCAAUAAAAUGUGCUUGGUAUAAUCAUUCUUUUAUUUUUAUUUUUCUACAUGCUAAGGAAGUUGGUGCUCAAGACAAACCUGUGCCAUGUUUUGCAUAAAAUCAACACAAUAUGCUAUAGUUUCGAUUUUUAAGAAUUUAACAUUAUUAUGUUUUUAUUAUUAUCAUGUUCCCUUCUAAUAGCAAAGGUGUAAUUUUUUUUUCUGCCUUACUCUCUUUGAAAAAAUCAAUCAAUCUCAUAAUUCAAGAAUCUUUCCUCCUUUUGUAUCUCUAAAAUUAACCCUAAAUGCCUUACCUCAUCUUACCUCAACCCAUAAAUACUUUACCUUAUUUACCUCAGUGUACUUACCAUAUUGCCAAAAAUUACAAUAAAUGAUCAUAAUAUAGAUACAUUUUUUAGUUUUUUUGCAUUAUCCAUUUGUCACCUUAAUCAUGAUUAGGUUAUAAUAUUAUUAUCCCAACUAUGUUAAAUAAAACUUUUAUUGGGCAAGUCAGCUAUGUUACAUAAAUAAAAAGGAUGGAAGGUACUAAAUCUCUAACAAUUGGAAAAGUACUGAAUUGUAAAAAGCAUCUUGACCUACCCACAGUAUUAUGGCUGCCAUCAAGCAAUCUGUGCUCAAGCUGGAUUAUGUUUAGCAUUGCUAAAUGAAAGUAAAUGUGGUCACGUUACAACCUGAAAGUUACCAUCACAUAACAGUUGGCAAAAUCCGAAAUUUAUUGGCAAAUUUUGCCAUACCAACAUUGCAGUUUUAUGUCAAAUGUCUACAAGAUGAUAUGUAGCCCUAUCCUAAGGGGAACUACCUUAAGUAAACAGGAAGAAACAGCAGAAACAAGUGAAACUACAGUAACUGUGUCCAGUCUGAUGAAUCAGCCAUUAAUUCAUUUAGUCAAUAUAGAUCAUGGUCCUAGCGUUUUACUGAUUCAGUCAGGUCUGGGCAACUCUCUGGCGGGAUUUUUUCCGGACAGAAAUUCGGCAAUGUGAACCUAUCCUAACUUUUUUCCAAAAGCAAAACUGUUGGCUUGGCUGCUAAUUAAUUUUGUCUGCAUAAAUUAGUGCUUCUUUUGCCCUUAAUAGAUGGAUUCAGUCCUAGAAGAUCUCUGUCACUUGUCACCCUAGUCUUUUUAAUAGCCAAACAACCUGUGCACUAUGGAAGCGACACUAAUUUAUGUGGACUAAAUUAAUUAGCAACUGAGCUGUAUUGUUUUUGGAAUACAGUCACAUUACCAAUUUUCCGGUUGGACAAAAUCCGGCCAGAGAUUCGCCCAGACCUGACUGAAUCAGUCAACACUAGGACUAUGAAGACAUUGGCCUCGCCAAUGACUGCAAUGUCCUCAGUGCGGAUUCCGCCUAAAGAAUAAAUAUGAUUAUUCUUUUGGCAGUGGAAUGCACUGUGCAGCAGAACCUCAUUGCCAGCAAUGGGAUUCUGUUGCACCAGAAUUUUGGAGUGAAAUUCCAUAGUAUAAACCUAGCCUUACUGUAGUUUUGCUCAAUUCUGGUUCAUAUUUUCAGAUUUGUCCAUAUUUUCACAUUUAGGAAGUUGGAAUUUAGAAAGUUAGACAAGAAUGAACCAAGCCUAAAUUACACUACAUACAGUAUAUCAGGACCUAAGAAAGAAUUUCUCAGCUUGAGAUCAAUGUUUUUAGAAAACAGAAGGUAGGAUAUGUUUACAUUCAAUGUAAAGUAAUUGAGCAAGUAAUUUAGUUCCCUCAAUGAACUGUAAUUAUAUUUAAAAAAAAACAUGAACUCUUAUGCACUGACAAAGUAAGAAAUUUAUUAAAUCUGUCUUUUAUAUGCCAGUAAAUCUGUUACAUCACAUAUCAGGUGAGAAAAGACCCGAUUGAUUGCCACAUACAUACAGUACCAGGAAAUGUCUAAUCUUUUAUAUGAAUAUUUUAUACAUGGUAUAUAAAAAAAUCCUCUUCAAUUCCCAGUUCUCAGUCAUUAUUCACUAUCUUCUCUGACUAACGAUAUUGAAACACUCAGUCCUUAUGAAUAGGUGAAGUCACCUUUAUGUCAAAAUCAAUAUGAAAACAUGAUUUAUCUGUAUAGCUGGGUUGUUUUAUUUCUGUUCUAUUAUACAUGGAUGACCCCUAGUAUCAUGAUUAUUCAGUGAAGAUCAUGAUCCAUGACCCAAUAUAUCAAUCCUUUCUUGGAAUUUUAAGGAUUUCAUAAUUAUAUUAAAUUGCAAAUCAACUAAAUUUUUCCUUCUAUAGACCGAGGUUGUUGUUAAAUUUGGAGCAAUCCUCUAAUAAGACCAUACUUGUGCUCACGACUCCAAAGGUUACAUAGAGAUAAAAUAGAGACGCUAUGUAAGUAGUUUUUCUCAAGCUUAUUAGUGCCUAUAUAGGAUAUUAUAAACAGAAAUCUCUUACCAUUGCGUAUCUACACUAUUAAUGUAUUACAUUAAAUUAUUUAAAAAAUGCCAUACCAUAAGAAUACAUUCGAAAAUUGCUGUAUUUGUAACUCCAUAUCAUAGUGUGUAAGGGUUGGUUUACCAAAAUUGAAGCCUCUUUUUAAGUUUUAUGUAAAGAAUUCUGUGAAAGGGAACUUGGUAUCAACACAUGGCAUGAUUUCCCAUGUGUAAAUGUCCCCUUACAAAUGAUGUAUUUGACAUCUGUUCUACUGUUGUUUGGUUUGGGUCAAAAACCCAACGUUCAUUGAGAUUUCAUUAGAAGUGUUAUUAAUCCAAUUUUUUUUAAUGAGAUUUUUCAAAAAUAACAUAAAAGGAACCUUAAUAUUCAGCUCAGAUUGCUUGAUCACAGCUAUGCAAUUGUCAUCUUUCUGUAUUAUUUGUUUCUAUAACUUACAAAGCAUUAAACUAUCUUAAAGUGGAUCUGUCAGCCCAUCAGCAUGCUGUGAGCUGUAGACAAGUAGUGACAGAUAUGGUGCAAUAACACUAAAUGUUACCUUUUCUAAAACUAAGGGCCUUUACAGAAGUGUCAAGGAGGCAGGGCCAAGUGCCAAUUCUGUAACAUAUCAGCAGCCCCACACCGCCUCCUUGACACUUAAAGGGGUACUCCGCCCCUAGACAUCUUAUCCCCUAUCCAAAGGAUAGGGGAUACAAUGUCAGAUCGUGGGGGUCCCGCCGCUGGGGACCCCCACAUUCUACCAUGCGGCACCCACCUGUAACGGCUUCCGGAACCGCUGUAGGCCCUC